AUGAAGUCUGCCGUUCAGCCUGAGCCAUCGCGGCUGCACCCGCGUCGUCGGCCCGUCUUAAACACUCCUCUUCCCACCUUAUCGAGCGAUUCGCUUGAUUCUAAGAUGUGCCUUAGGAAAGGAGAGACUUUCCAUACUCCUACGUCCCCUCCAUGCAGUGAUCACGACCCUGUCGUGAAUUUCCGCACCCUACCUCAUCGCUCGCCGACUUCGUUGGAAGCCCUCGCUGCUGCCGAAGAGCGCAUGACCUCUAUUCUAGGCCGCCUGACUCUGGACAGUACCGAAGACCAGACCUUGCAGACCACUGGCGACGAUAGCUCUUUAGAGGGUGGUCGUGGCGCAGUGCACAGCCGUUCGAAUUCCAUGUCGGACUCCCCACGCUGCUCGGAUGAAGAGGGCCGUGGAAAGCCCAUCCCUAUCGAUGAGAAAAAGGCUCGCCGACAACAUACCCACGAGUCGGAUAGCGGACUUGGAACUUCGAUCAGUAGCGAAGAGGGGCUCACUGACUCCGAAAAUAAAGUCCUCAAUAGCAUUCAUCACAAACAAUCCACCACAAGAUCAAUCUCCGCUAUUGAUGGCUUACUUCCGAAACGUCAAUUGGGCCCUGCCGCCUGCAAAUCGAUUGAGCGCCUCGUGCUUGUUCCUAUUUUAAAAGAGGCUCGUUUACAGCCAUUCCACCCAUUGGUCCGAAGCAUCCCGAAGAGAAUUUUGAAUAAGCAGAUUGUCUGCUUGCGUGACCUUGAGAAGACUCUAUUGUGGUUGGCACCUACCUCGUCCACUUCUCGAAAGUCUUACCUCGACUUUUGCGAAUUUACUAUCCAGUGCUUGCACACUUCGGCGUCUCAUCUCAACGAUCGUGAUCAACGCCUACCGGCUGAUCGACCGUACACUAACGGAUACUUCCUUGAUCUUGUUUCUCAGGUCCGACGAUACGCAGCCAUGAUUCGCUCUGAACGCCAGCGAGUCCAGGAAAAUCGGGAUCCGAAGUCCGACAAGGGGUCUACCACUGUCGAACCUGUCACCCUGGAAGGCGGCCUCUCUAUCAAUGGAAAGCCAGCUGAACUUGUCGUAAUGCAAGGCGACAAGCAAAUCUCCUUGGCCACCGGCAAGCCGCAUGAGGCGGAGCCCGGUAGCACUUCUAAGCGUGCCAUCAUCAUCGAGGAUGGCGUUGAUGAGGGAGUCGCACGGUCGAUGGCCCGUCGCAAGAAGGAUGCCCCUCCCAUGAAUAUCAACCAGAAAUGCCCCAAUUGCGAGAAGGUCUUUAAGCGGCCUUGUGAUCUCACAAAGCACGAGAAGACUCAUACUCGUCCCUGGAAAUGUGAUCAUACCGACUGCGCUUACCACACAAAGGGUUGGCCUACUGAAAAGGAACGGGAUCGCCACAUGAACGACAAGCAUUCGGCACAGCCCAUUCUCUACAAGUGUCAAUUCCACCAGUGCCCGUACACCUCGAAGCGCGCCAGCAACUGCAAACAACACAUGGAAAAGUCCCAUGGGUGGAUUUACGUUCGAUCCAAGAACAACGGCCGCAGUGGGAGCAAGCGAGGCUCUUCUGUCCGAGCCACCCCUCAGACCCCCAGCGUGUCUACCCCCGCUUCGAAGGCCACCGACUUUGCCUCUCCCAUUCCCGGCCCCAGUCCUUCUCCCUCAGCCCCGACCUACAACUGGCCUGAUAGUACCCAGUUCAACUUUGCCGAUCCUCCUGUAUCUGCCAACGGUGACAAUUUCCCAUUGUUCGAACCAAGCCCGCCAUAUUUGGUGAACGAUGCCAAUCAGUUCCCGACUUCAGUGAAUCUCACGGCUUUCCAGAGUCAGUUCAAAGCCGGUGACCCGAACGGGCUGAUUCCCGUUCUUGAGAUGCACCCCCAGUCCAUGAAUGAGGUCGUUCCAUCUCCUGAAUCCGUUCCCGAUUUGAUGGACCCCUUGUCCUUUGAUGGAUCCCCGAUGACCGGUACUGAUAGCAUCAACCUCGAAUGGGAUUGGAGCAACCUGGAGUAUCCAUCCAAUGAAGACUACACUGCGCUGGCCGCGCAACUCCCUCAGGCUCAAUCCCACGAGGCGAUCAAGGGCUAUCUGAAUGAAUACGAUUCAAUGAACCUCAACCACUGUUCUUACGACCCCUCUGGCAAGCCUUUUGGUCUUUCUCCAGGUGCCCAGGGUAACGCCACCUUGUACUCGCCCCCAUCUUGCAACGUUGGCGAUACAUUCUCUGGGCAAUACGACCAUGGCCGUCCGGCCCCAGCUGGAAAUGACUUUACUCUUUUCCACCAGAGCAAUCAGAGCAACCCUAAUGCGCAAAUGGGUCUCGGCGCUCACCCUAUGAUGCAAACCCCCAGUGAUCACUCUGCUGGCUAUGGCCAGCCCCAACAGCAGAUGUUCCCCACUUUCGAGCAGGAGCACGUUCUGCAGGGCAUGCAGUCCUGGAAUGGCCAGCAACCUCAAGGAAACUACCUGCCUGAAGACCUGGAUCUGGCAUUCAUGAAGUAA